CAAGUUUCGACGUCUUUAUAAACUUGAAGGGCUUGGUUAAGAUUCCGUCCUAUGGCCUCUCCGCUACUCCCUGGUCCACCGGAUCAGAGAAGAAAUCUCGAUUGGUGCUGGUCGAAGCUUCCUUCAGAUCUCAUGCAAUUUGUAUUUGACCGCCUUGGUUUUGCCGAUUUCCAACGUGCAAAAUCCGUUUGUUCAUCUUGGCUUUCAGUUUCGAGAAAUUCUCAGCCAAACAAUCAAAUCCCUUGGAUGAUUCGAUUCCCCAAGGACAACAAUCACUGUCUCUUGUUCAAUCCUGAAGAGGAAGACAAGAUGUACAAAACUCCAAAUCUCGGCAACGAUUUCGCAAAGAGCUCUUGUAUCGCCAGUUAUGGAAGCUGGCUUUUGAUGCAACCUGAAUCAGAAUACAUGGAAGAAGACUUAGACCAUCAAUGUAAUAAUCUCUAUAUUCUUGAUCUUCUAACCCGCGAGAGAAUCAAUCUACCGAUUCUCCAACCAGAGUUUGGACUCACAUGUCCGAUAUUAUGGACCGAUGAGAAAAGCAAAGAUCACCUAGUUAUUGGAAUGGCUCAUGAAGAAUUAGCCAUUUCUUUCAAGAAAGGAGAUUCCUCGUGGAAACAAAUCCCAACCUUGUCAGGUAUCGAAGAGUGUUUUAGCAUGGUUUUUAAGGAUCACAAACUUUACUGUCUGAGCAAUUAUAAACUCAAGGUCUUCGAUUUCUCUGGAGAUAUUCCGGUCAAAGUUUUCAAAACUAGCGUAAGUAAGUUGUUAAAUAAUCCACUAUGUAUUUCCAUGAGAAUGAGACUUCCUGGAAUUCCAAUGAAGGACCAGUUGAAUCACUUCAAGGAUGAUAUGGUAGUCACUCUAGCCGGACAUGUCUUAAUUGUUAAGUGCCAUCGUCCGAGUCUGUCCAAGAUAUGGAGCUUUGAAAUCUACAAGAUGGAAGGGAACAACAACAAGUGGGAGAAAACUGUUUCUCUGGGAGACGAGACAAUUCUUUUGGAUUUGGGUAUCACAGUGCUCGCCAAGGACAUGCAAGGGAUCAAGGCCAAUUCCAUCUACUUCUCCAAUCCUACUCCUUAUUUUAAAGAUCAAUAUGACGAAAACGAAAUCUUCAUAUUCGACCUCGAUUCCAACACCGUUGAACAACCGCACCGAUCUGUUUCCUCUUCCUUUCCCCGCUCUAGAGCCCGAUGGUUCUUGCCAUGUUUCAAACGAGAAUCAUACUUCCUUCAGUAAUUUGUCUUUUUUUUAAUGUAUCUACGUAUUCUUCAUAUCAAGUAUUGCAACAUUUAGUAAUAAAGAAUAAAGCCAACAAACGAUACUUGCCAUAUAGAGUAAUAAUUAAGCCAAGAACACCAUCCUUGAUUACAAGGUAAUAACUUUUGAGGACGGUCUCGGACCCUCAAGAUGAGAGUGAAGGCAAAAAAUCACACCCGU